UGGGGCGGAACUUUUAACGUCUGUGCCAUUUGGCAAAAGUCAAAAAUCAGUGUGUUGGCUCGAUUUAGACAAAUAUUCAUUUUAUCACGUAAUUACAUAUUAUUAUGAAUUCAAAAUUACAAACGAAGCCAUGAUAUUAGAAAAAUAUAUUAAUUAAGUUUUAGCACAUAUAAAUUUAACCGGUCCAUAGCAGUGUUUUGUUGGCCGUGAUGAUAAUCCUUUUGUCUUGAUUGGAGGUUUUUGUGUAAAAUUCUUUAAAAUGGAGUUAAGGGAGGCUGGUGAUGGGGCGGCGGGCGAAUAUGAACGUCCUCCCAAGAAAUAUAGCUGGUCGGAAGUCAGGCAGGCGGUUCACGAUCUUCGGAAGGAGCUAUCGUCAUUAUCCACCAUGGUGCCAAUGGCUAUAUCGUUCAGGAAGCUCAGCAAUGGAAAGAUGAGGAUAUAUUUCUUACGGACACCUCAAAACGGAUGGGAGGUCACGCUUCUGUACACCGACGUGACGCCUUCGCAGACCGCUAGUAAUAUGAGGUUAGACUGGCGGCCGUUGAUUGAGUCCAACGUAGCGCUGGGCGUGUCAUCAGGGAAGUGGUCUCGUGAGGAACAGCUGCUAUGGGAGCGGCAGAGGGUCGCCGCUUGGGGUAUAGCAUCUUAUGAACUGCACCCCAAGACCGGGAGAGUGCUGUUCCCAUGCGCUUCAUCUUUGUUUAUAGCGGAAGAGGCCCCGAACCAGUCCCCUCCCCUAGUACCAAAGUCGCUCAGCACGGGGUGGGGGGCCCCGCUGACACCAGCGAUGUGUCCCGCAAUGCCGUCCCUGGUAGCGCACGCUGCCCGUGGUGAUGUGUGGCUGGCGGGCGAUUCUCUAAGGCGGCCCGCAAGACUUACGUACGCGUGUAAAGGGAGGGAAGAACGCUUAUCAGAUGAUCCUAAGCAGGCUGGGGUGCCGUGCUACGUGACUCAGGAGGAGUUUUCGAGAUAUACCGGUAUAUGGUGGCAGCCGCACUCCACAGAUAAUGUAUUUAGAAUAGUGUACGAGGAGGUGGAUGAGGGUGAGGUGAAGAUAUACAGCUUCCCAUCAUCACAGAGCUCCAGCGGGGAGGUCGAGGAGUUCAGGUUUCCCCGCGCCGGCACCCCUAAUGCUAAAUCAGUCCUGAAAAUGGUGACCUUCAGAUUACAGAAAGCUCCCCCCACCACCGUCCUCGAUUACUACCAAGAAGGGAACUCUAAUACUGUUGCAUCAGAGAGCCCCGGGAACAGUUCGGAUCCCUUGGAGGUGGUCGAUGUAAGAUGGUAUGAACUGAGACAUUCGCUGAAAGAGGUGUUCCCGUGGUUUGAAUACCUGGCCAGAGUCGGUUGGACCCCGUGCUCUCAAUACGUUUGGGUCCAGGUGUUGGACAGGAAGCAGCAGAGGUUAGAACUGGCCCUGGUGCCGGUUAGUGAGUUCAAUGUCCCAGUGAGGUAUGAGCAGGGGUCUGAUGGAGGAAGACUGGAUGAGGAAACUCCAGCUUCAGGGAGUAGACAGGGAGACAGGACACAGAUCCAGGUGUUGGUGUCUGAGACGGCUCCCGACGCGUGGGUCAACGUCCACGACAUACUGCACUUCCUGCCCUCAGAACCUGGUAUUGUGAGGUUCAUCUGGGCUUCAGAGGAAACCGGACACCUGCACCUGUAUCUCAUCACCUGCGCUGUCAACGGACAAAGGGCUAUGACAGUAACUGAUAUAAUGGCUGAGGAUGAGUCAAAUGCUGCAGUUCCUCGGGUGAUCAGCAAGGAACCCCUCACCGAUGGGGACUGGGAGGUCAUGGGAAGAAAGAUAUGGGUGGACGAGCCGCGCGGUCUGGUGUAUUUCGUAGGGCUCCGUGAGACGCCGCUGGAGCGCCACCUGUACGUGGUGUCAAUGUCCGCGCCCAGGCAGGUCGUCCUGCUCACUAAGCCUGGACAUUCACACAGUGUUGACAUGGACGAGGAGUGCUCGAUGGCUGUGAUAACCUCGUCGAAUAUAUCCGAGUCGCCAGUAACCCGGGUGUACCGCGUCACCCACAGCGGGGAGAAGGUGGCCCUGGUGGAUCACGGUACACUUGUUGACAAAAUGCCCGAGUCACCGGAACCUCGUUCGUUCAACGGUUCCUGGGACUGUCGUCCUGAUGAGGAGGAGUCGCCCAGCACCCGCCCUCCCCCGGUGCCCCCUCCACAGAUACUAUCGACUCGUCUGUCUUGCGGAGCCCUAGCAUACUGCACACUAUGGCGGAGCGCCGUCCCAGGGCGAAGGCCGACUGUCUUACACGUUUACGGAGGGCCCGAGGUUCAAACGGUCACUAAUAGUUACAAGGGUGUACGACAGUUGAGAAUGCAUAUGCUGGCUGCCCGAGGGUUCACAGUGGUGUCUGUGGACUCGAGGGGGUCCAAACACAGAGGGAGGUUGUGGGAAGCAGCUAUCAAAGGAAAGAUGGGACAAGUGGAGCUGGACGAUCAGGUGGAAGUUCUCCAAUGGCUGGCGAAAGAAACUGGCUGCAUUGAUAUGGAUCGAGUCGCUAUACACGGGUGGAGUUAUGGUGGUUAUCUGUCACUGCUGGGGCUGGCGACCCGUCCUAAUACCUUCAAGGUGUGCGUGGCGGGUGCUCCGGUGACGUGCUGGAGGCUCUACGACACGGCCUACACGGAGCGCUACAUGGGACUCCCGGCCUGCGCCCCUCAUUCCUACAGCCGAGCCAGUGUGUUGGCCCACGCUCCCUUCUUCCCUGAUAGGGAGGGCCGUCUCCUUAUAAUCCACGGUUUAGCCGACGAGAACGUCCACUUCUGUCACACGGCUGCUCUCCUGGCCGAGCUGGUGAGGCUCGGGAAGCCUCACAGAGUUCAGGUUUACCCGGGUGAGAGGCAUUCGCUGCGAGCUAUGCACGCGGCUAAGCAUUACGAGGCGACACUGCUGCACUUCCUACACGAGAACCUGUAGACCUGGAGAACAACACCUGGAGUUGGUGGGGACGAAACAGCGGAUAUCCGUUCUAUAUCACUCUACGGAACCAGACGGGAAUGGUUCGCAUCACACGGUCGCGGGUUCGAUACCCAGAUCGAAUCUCUGGGGGUUGAAGCGCAAAUAUUGUACAAAAAACGAAUUGUGUGAUAAAAUGCAACACGCCGGCUCUGUCUACACGCGUUUAUAUUUUAUUUUUCUAUGUCUACAUACAGAUCAUUCAAAGCUUGUUAUUUUAAAUUACUUAUAUAUAUAGUUAUUAGGGCUUUGCUCGCCGCGGACGACAGUUCAAACCGCUACUUUUAGUUUCGCCAUCUACCGAUAGAUGUCGCUGUUGACAAAAAUAGUAUUUUCUUUUUCAUAGUAAGCCAUACUCCCAGGUAUUAAUACAGAUCUCCUUAUGUUUUAAUUAAAUAUAUUAAAUUCCUUUUACAUAUAUAUAUAUAUAUGUGUGUAUGUAAAUAUCAAGCGCACGGACAGAUGUCGGUCGGUUCUACAGAGACGCGAGUUGUUUCCGCAAAUGUUAUAUUGUAAUACAUAUUUUUAAAUGUC